AUGAAAACUAUGCUCAAAGAAUCUCAACGAUCAAAUUCAACAAGUCUAAGCAUCGUAGCUAAUCAAUCAAAUUAUAUAUCUCAAUGGUGGAAUCAACGAUUUGCUCAUCAAAAACGUCUCGAAAUAUCUCUUGAACAUGUUCUUUUUCAUCUAGUUAUUACCUUACUAGUCAUUAUUCAAUGUACGACUAUUAUAAUUGAAAUUCUCUUUUAUAAUAUUAAACAUCAAUAUGAAUGUAAUGUACCACCAUAUUCUUCCAAUGAUUAUAUAUAUAAAAAGACUUAUCAUCUUCAAUAUGGUCUUGAAAUAUGUCAUUAUACAUCCUUAUGUAUUUUAUCAUUCUUUAUAUUUGAAUUAAUUUUAAAAAUCUAUGCACUUGGUUUUCAUUAUUGGAGUUCGAAAGAAAAUCAUAUAUUAGAUUAUUUCGAUGCGUUUCUCAUUAUUUUUUCAUUUGCAGUAGAAAUUUAUUUUUGUAUUGUUGAUAAAGAAUCAAUUAUUGUACAUUCAACUAUUCUUAUUAUCGUACUUCGUCUAUGGCAUUUAUUAAGAAUUACUAAUGUUAUUAUUCGUUAUUUUCAAAAAGGUCAAGAAUUUAAAACAAUUCGUCAACGACGUCAUUCGGAAAGAUAUGCUGAAGCUAUUUUAUUAAUUCCAUCAAGUAUUCAAAUAAUCCUUGAUUUAAUGCAAGAAAAAACUGAAUAUUUACGAUAUGAUAUUUGUAUUGAACAAUCUUUAAUUACUCGUUUUGAAAAUAUUGAUAGAAAAUGUCAAGAUGCUUUCGAUAAUUAUUAUGGUAAUGAAAUGAAACUCGUAUCGGAAAUACAAAAACUUCAUCUUAUUCCUAGAAGAAGAAAAUAUAAAAAAAAUCAUUCAGUUGCUGUUUAA